AUGCAGCUCCACGCUGGGGUCCUUCUGGCCGCCGCCGUCUUGAUCCUGCAGCUGGCUUCAGCCCAAGCCAUGCGGUGCCACCAGUGCAAGGGCUUCGGAGGAUGCUCCCAUGUGGCCAGAUGUCGGGGGGACUCCACCCACUGCAUUGCUAUCGCCACCCGGGACCUCAUCAGCUUCAAGGACCUGCCUCUGGUCACCAAGAUGUGCCACAGAGGCUGCCCUGACAUCCGAAGCCUGGGCCUGGGCCCCCACGUGUCCAUGAUCUGCUGCCAGGCCAGCCUCUGCAACCACGACUGACCACCCACCACUCCCGCUGGACUCUAGGCCCAUGGCCCCCACCCCAGGCCAGCCUUCCCACUUGCUAGCCCACACGGCCCAGCCUCUGUGCCACCGUCCAGCACCACUCUUCCUCAGAAGUCCUGCAAGACGUCUUGCCUAAACCUAAAUCCACUGUGGUCCAAGCCUGAGCUCCCUAUGUGCCACCCCUCAAGUCCUGACCCCUAAUAAAAUGU